GUUACGGCAGUUGCCAGUCGGUUGUUAGUUUUUUGUUUUUCGUUGUUCAUUUGUUUAUACACUCGCGCGGCACCGCCCCACCCCCCCGAAACCCCCAGCACGGAACUCGUUUGAUUUGCCCCAUUAAAAUCCAGAGAUAAUAACAUUAUGGAAGCUCUAGGAGAUCUCUUGGCGCCUCACAGCGAACUUAUUGCCAAGGUAGCCGGCACAAUCACUACCCUGCAAUUCCUGUCCGGUGUGGCGCUGAUGAACGACAUCCGUAAGAAGGGCAGCAGCGAUGUUUAUCCCGUGGGUCCAUUUCUGGGCGGAGUGGUGCUGACCGUUCUCAGCUUAAAGCUGGCUUACAUCAUGAACGAUGCCGCCAUGAUCAACACCAAUCUAAUUGGUUUGGUCAUUAAUUUUGUUUUCCUUUUCGGUUUCUAUUACUACGCUUCCAGUGGGAACAGGGUAAAUAUUUGGAAGCAAAUCGGUUACUCCUCGGUCUUCCUGUUGGCCACCACGGCCUAUGCCAACUUCGAGGAUCCCGCCAAGAUUGAAUUCCGCCUGGGUAUGCUGAUCACCGGCAUUCUGGUUUGGUUGGUGGGCUCUCCACUUCUGCACCUUCCGAAAAUCAUUGAGAAGAAGAGCACUGAGGGCAUGCCUUUCCCCAUUAUCCUGGCUGGUAACCUGGUUGCCACAUCCUGGAUGCUGUAUGCCAUCUCCAUCAAGAAUACUGUUAUGGUGCUCCAGAAUCUACUCCUGCUUGUCUUGGGCGGCAUUCAGCUGUCCAUGUUCGCCAUUUACCCCAACAAGCCGGCUGCCAAAAAGCCCAAGGACAGCAAGAAGGAUAAAUAAAUGAAAUCGAUUGCUUCUAUGAUAACUAAUACACAAAAAAGGACAAAUAAUGGGUUGCUGCAACCACAUUACAAAUUAAUAAGUUAGUUAGGCUCGAGGAAUAAUCAAAUUAUUGCUUGAAUUUACACACUAAACAAUCGCCACAAGAAACCUAAACUUUGAGCUAAUAUAUAGACGAAUUAUGUAUUUUUCUAUAUAAGAAAUAUUUUCUUAGAACAAAUCCAGCUAACUGUGUCGCUAGCUAACCUAGAGAAUUGUUACUACAUAUAUCGACUAUUAAUUGUAUAUAUAACUACUUACAUACUUGCAAUUUUUGACAAUAAUUCAAAUCUUCCAAAAUGCGUACGUAUUUAUAAAGUCAACAUAAUUAAUUAUUAAUUAAAGACAUAAAAAAGAAACUGUUACAAAUGCGA